GGUUUCGUUUCUCGGGUUUCGGCGGCUCCGUGGUGCGCUCGCCGCAUUUUUGUCGGAGGCGCGGGGCCCCAUUUCAUUGCCGUCGCUGUCGUCACGUGUCUUGCCGUGUGCUGCUUGACGCCUGGCUGCUAUCGGGCGUGACGCUCGCCGAGGCAGCGACGAGCUGUGUGUACGAGCCGCCCGCUGUGAAUUGACGAGAGGAACCCAGCUAGCUCCGGACCGAUGGCUCGCGACUACCGUGUGCUGUCCAUACAAAGCCAUGUGAUUUCGGGAUACGUCGGUAACAAGAGUGCCUGUUUUCCUCUUCAGACACUCGGGUUUGAAGUGGACUUCAUCAACUCUGUACAAUUCUCCAACCACACGGGAUAUCCACACUACAAAGGACAAGUACUGAAUGCUGAAGAGCUUCAAGACCUUUACGAGGGCCUGAGGCUGAACAGAAUAACCAAGUACACGCACAUAUUGACAGGUUAUGUCGGCUCAGAUUCGUUUCUCAACAAGGUAGCCGACAUAGUACAACAGUUAAAGCAAGAAAAUUCUUCAUUAAUGUAUGUGUGUGAUCCUGUAAUGGGAGAUAAUGGGAAGCUAUAUGUGCCUCAAAGCCAAGUGAACAUCUACAGAGAUCGCCUUAUUGGCAUGGCCGACGUGGUCACACCUAACCAGUUUGAACUAGAGCUCCUUUCCGAGAAGCAAAUCACAACGGAGAGUACGGUGCUGGAAGCGAUGGAUGUUUUGCACACAAAAGGCAUCCCGAUUGUAGUACUUACAUCGUACCGACCCAGUGACACCGCGAAGGAGAUCUACCUGUACGGUAGUAGCAAGAAGGGAGGCCAACGCAGCGCUGUCAAGAUUGAGAUUCCUGCCAUUAAUGCACACUUCACCGGCACUGGCGACCUGUUGGCUGCCUGCAUUCUUGCCUGGAUUACUCGCACAAACAACCUCAAGGAGGCAUUGGAAAAAGCUGUGGCCACUGUUCAGGGUGUAUUGCUUAAGACCUUCAAGCAUGCGUCAGAGAAGGAAAAAGAAAAAGAAGGUGAAGCUGCAGCUGGCUCUAUGCCAGGAUCUGAGGUGGAAGGAGGCGCUCAGCCCGCAGCUCCAGCAGCAGCAGCAGCAGCCCUCUUGGAGCUACGCCUGGUACAGAGCAAAGAGCACAUCGAGAACCCACACUCGGACAUCCGAGCCAUCAAGAUCUUCUGACACAUGCCACCAGUGAACCAGGAAUGCUCUGGGGGAUGAAAAUAAAGCCCCACAUUUUGGUAGUA